ACUCGGCUUUCCCUCACGUCUGACCCGCUGGAGAACACAGCAUGUUGUGAUGGGACGGGCUUGGCACAAAGCAGCAUGAUGCGCUGUUGUGUCCGGAUAGUAUAAAGAGGCGCACAGUGCGUGCGUGCCUGCCCCGGUGCUACACUGUCAGUGCGUCCGACCAGCAGCAGUCGGUGCUCGAUUGGUUUCGUCUGGAGAAACCAUGGCAGACCGAGAGGAUAAUGUUUCAAUUCCUGACUUCAGCUGCCUUCUCCAAAUGGAUCCCAAUCUCAAACCGUACGAGAAGGACUUCAAGAGGAGGUAUGAGCAGCUACAGAAGCAGCUUCUCCAGCUGGAAGAGGCAGAAGGAGGCUUUGACCAGUUCACACGCAGCUACAACACCUUCGGUGUGCAGAGGCAGCCUGACAACAGCCUGUUUUUUAUGGAGUGGGCUCCUUCUGCAGAGGCCCUCUUCCUCACCGGUGACUUCAAUGGCUGGGACAAAUUCUCCCACCGCUACACCAAGAAAGAGUUUGGCAAGUGGGAACUGACUCUACCGCCCAAGCAUGACGGGACACCAGCUGUGGAGCAUAACACCAAACUCAAGGUGGUAGUUCACACCAAGGAGGGUGACCGGCUGUACCGCAUCUCUCCCUGGGCAAAAUAUGUGUACAGGGAUGAGAAGUCUAUUAUCUACGACUGGGUUCACUGGGAUCCCCCUCAGACCUAUAUUCAAAUCCACCCUCGGCCAAAGAAGCCCACGAGCCUGAGAAUAUACGAGGCCCACGUGGGCAUCGCUUCACCGGAGGGAAAGGUCGCCUCGUACACCAACUUCACGACCAACGUGCUGCCUCGUAUAAAAGACCUGGGUUACAACUGUAUUCAGCUGAUGGCAAUCAUGGAGCACGCCUACUAUGCGAGCUUUGGAUAUCAGGUUACGAGUUUCUUUGCUGCUUCCAGUCGGUACGGUACCCCAGAAGAGCUGAAGGAGAUGAUAGAUGUGGCUCAUUCAAUGGGCAUCGUGGUGCUGCUGGAUGUCGUUCACAGCCACGCCUCGCAGAACACCGAGGACGGCCUGAACUGCUUUGAUGGCUCCGACUCGUGUUUCUUCCACUCUCCACCCAGGGGGGAGCACAGCCUGUGGGGCAGCCGCCUCUUCAACUACUCCAGCUGGGAGGUGCUGCGGUUCCUACUGUCAAACCUGCGCUGGUGGAUGGAGGAGUACUGCUUUGAUGGCUUCAGAUUUGAUGGCAUUACCUCCAUGCUAUACCAUCACCAUGGCAUCGCCUCUAGCUUCUCAGGGGACUACAGUGAGUACUUUGGCCUACAGGUGGACGAGGACUCUUUGGUCUACCUAAUGCUUGCCAAUCACAUUCUCCAUACCCUUUAUCCUGACUGCAUCACUGUUGCCGAGGAUGUGUCGGGAAUGCCUGCUCUCUGCAGAGGAGUAGAGGAGGGAGGGCUCGGGUUUGACUACCGACUGGCUAUGGCCAUCCCUGACAAGUGGAUUCAGAUCCUGAAGGAGUUAAAGGAUGAGGACUGGGACAUGGGCAAUAUCAUCCACACACUGACCAACAGGCGCUAUGGAGAGAAAUGCAUAGCCUAUGCAGAGAGUCAUGAUCAGGCUCUGGUUGGGGAUAAGAGCCUGGCCUUCUGGUUGAUGGACAAGGAGAUGUACACCAACAUGAGCUCCCUGAUUCCCAUGACAGCCGUCAUCGACCGCGGCAUGCAGCUGCAUAAGAUGAUCCGCCUCCUCACUCAUAGUCUGGGCGGAGAAGGCUACCUCAACUUCAUAGGGAAUGAGUUCGGCCAUCCUGAGUGGCUGGAUUUCCCCAGAGAGGGGAACAAUCAGAGUUACCACUAUGCCCGGCGGCAGUUUAACCUAUUGGAUAAGGAUCAACUCCGCUACCAUCAGCUCUACGCCUUUGACCGGGACAUGAACCGUACCGAAGACAAGUACGGCUGGCUGGCUGCCCCACCUGCCUUUGUCAGUGCCAAGCAUGAAGAGGACAAGGUCAUUGUGUUUGACAGGGGACAUGUGGUCUUUAUCUUCAACUUCCACCCAAGUAAGAGCUUCCAGGACUACAGGGUGGCCGCAGAAGCUCCUGGAAAAUACAAAAUCAAGCUGGAUUCAGAUGAGGCUCUGUAUGGAGGUCACGGACGGCUGGACCACAACACGGUGUUCUGCACAGAGCCGCAGCCCUUCAACGGUCGCCCCAACUCCAUGAAGGUCUACAUCCCCUGCAGAACAGCUAUUGUCCUGGCCAACGAGGAGAUAGAUUACUGUUAUUAGGGGAUGAUUGUCUCCACAGAGACCAGGAUCCAGAAUGGAUUCCAACCUCAAACUGAGUGUUAACAAUCACCUUCAUCUUAAAGUGUCAACCUUGCACACCACCAAAACCCACUUUUUGUGUUUGAGUCUUUUUUUCUAAAUGGGGGGGGGGGGAGCAUUUUGAGCUUUUGUGCUUUCAAACUCCAUCUGCAACCAUAGAUGCUGUAUAACCCCAUUUACUACAGAUUGGUCCAUUUGGGAAGCGUCCAACCUAACCAGCAGCUAGAUGCUAAAACUCAAAACCCUGCCGAGUCCUUCCACCACUAGCCAGCAGCCAUUUAUAGGCUCUGUUGAAUUUGGCGUGCCAUCUGAAGCACAUGACCGGCGCCUGUGACAGAGGGAAGCAAUUCAUCAAGCAUUCAAACAUGAGGAAAGGACAGAGAACACAAGAAUAUUUCAGAAUGUUAUGUAUGUUGAUAAACAGUUUACUUGGCUUAAUUAUCUUGUAAUUUAAUACAGGUAGAAUUAUGGUCUCAAAGACACAAUGAGAUUUACAGUAUUACCAUUUACAUUCAAAUUCAAAAACGUCCAGGUAUUUAAUCACCGGUGAUCCAUCUUUCAUAAUUUGCAUUUUGGGACCUUGUACGUAUAAAAAAUAUUGCAAUUUGCACAAAGUAAUAAGCUGCUUUGAAUUAUUAUACUUUUAAUGGGUAUCUAAAAGAGUUGUGUUGGAAUGUUUGAAUUAAUGCAGCUAUUGGGAGCAUUUACGUGGUUAUUUAUAGCCGUGUUAUUUAGCCAGUAAUUUGCAGCUAAAGCAAAGUGAUAAAAUCAUCUAAUUGGGAUUGUUCACGGUGUGUUGCAUAAUGCACAAGUAACGUAUUUAGCUGAAUUCGUUUUUUGUUUUUUUUCUUCCACUUAACAAAAUGUAAAGCAUGGUUUUCUCCCACAGUAGAUCCCAUUAGAGUAGUUUAUGUCGUGUGUAUUUCACUAAAUUCCUCGUAGUCUACUGAAAUAAGUUGGUACUGUAGAGAGGAACACAUCAUUUUGUGUGGGUUUUACAAGUGUGACUCACACACCAGACUACUUUAAGAUACCAUGAUUCAUGUGCAUCACCUUCAUUAAAUGCUGCAGCACUCCUUUGGGAUCAUUGCAGGAAACACAGGCUGAGCCUAAAUCCACGCAAAAUGACAUGUGCCUCUCCCAAUUAGCUCAGCCUUUUGUGGCUGUUGUCUCAACACACUUGAUGAUUGAACAUCUCAAAGAGCAGCUGCAAUGCAGAUCAUUGUGCUGUCAUGUGUGGAGAUUAUUGAUGAACUAAAACUGAUGAUAGGUGACUGUUUUUGUGACUGCUGAACUCAACCCAACAUGUCAUUAAAAUGGUCUUUCAAACCAGAAA